AUGGGAUCAACGACGUUGUUUUCACAUCUCAUACUUCACCACUCUCUUCCAAAUUUCCGUAACGGAAACAACACUCAAUUCUCUCCGUUUCAAGCUUCCCUCACCUCUCAAUUGAAACCCACUUCCCUAAAGGCACUUCCAUUGAAGAAAAGAGAAGCUUUUUCAAAUGGGGUUUCGAGAAUUAGAAGAAACCCUAAACCCUUCACUGUUCGUUGUGCAGAUUCAACUGGAAAGGUUUCACAGCAAGAAUUCACUGAAAUGGCGUGGCAAGCGAUUGUGUCUUCGCCAGAAGUGGCGAAGCAGAACAAGCAUCAGAUUGUGGAGACUGAGCACUUGAUGAAAGCUUUAUUAGAGCAAAAGAACGGGCUUGCUCGUCGAAUCUUUUCCAAGGUUGGAGUCGAUAACACUCGGCUUCUUGAAGCUACCGAAAAGCACAUUCAGCGCCAGCCCAAGGUACUAGGGGAAUCUGCCGGUUCAAUGUUGGGGCGUGAUUUGGAGGCAUUGAUUCAGAGAGCCAGAGAUUUCAAGAAGGAAUAUGGGGACUCGUUUGUAUCAGUUGAGCACUUGGUUCUUGGUUUUGCUCAGGAUCGACGAUUUGGGAAGAUAUUGUUUAGAGACUUUCAAAUAUCUCAGCAAUCUCUAAAAACUGCUAUAGAGUCCGUAAGGGGACGCCAAUCAGUCAUUGAUCAAGAUCCUGAAGGAAAGUAUGAGGCGUUGGAAAAAUACGGGAAAGAUUUGACAGCAAUGGCGAAAGCAGGAAAACUUGACCCUGUGAUAGGAAGAGAUGAUGAAAUACGGAGGUGCAUUCAAAUUCUCUCCAGGAGAACAAAGAACAACCCUGUGCUAAUUGGCGAGCCUGGUGUUGGAAAGACUGCGAUUUCUGAAGGACUUGCUCAGAGAAUUGUUCAAGGAGAUGUCCCUCAAGCUUUGAUGAAUCGAAGGCUUAUAUCUCUUGAUAUGGGUGCACUUAUUGCUGGAGCAAAAUAUCGGGGAGAAUUUGAGGAUAGGCUGAAAGCCGUUCUCAAAGAAGUUACAGAAUCUGAUGGUCAGACUAUACUUUUCAUCGAUGAGAUCCAUACAGUUGUUGGUGCAGGUGCUACAAACGGUGCUAUGGAUGCUGGUAAUCUCUUAAAGCCUAUGCUUGGUCGAGGGGAACUAAGAUGUAUUGGUGCAACAACAUUAGAUGAGUUUAGGAAGUAUAUUGAGAAGGAUCCUGCACUAGAACGCCGUUUUCAGCAAGUUUAUGUUGACCAACCUUCAGUUGAAAAUACCAUUUCAAUUCUAAGGGGGUUGCGUGAAAGAUACGAGUUGCAUCAUGGAGUUCGCAUUUCUGACACUGCACUUGUAGAUGCUGCGAUUCUCUCAGAUCGAUACAUAAGUGGGCGGUUUUUGCCCGACAAAGCUAUUGAUCUGGUCGACGAAGCAGCUGCUAAACUGAAAAUGGAAAUCACUUCUAAGCCUACUGCACUUGAUGAGAUUAAUAGGUCAGUUUUGAAGCUAGAGAUGGAGAGGCUAUCACUCAUGAACGAUACGGACAAGGCUUCUAAAGAUAGGUUAAACCGUCUUGAGACAGAGCUCUCUCUCCUAAAAGUGAAACAGGAUGAGCUGACUCAGCAAUGGGAGCAUGAAAAGUCUGUAAUGACCCGUCUUCAGUCAAUCAAAGAAGAGAUAGAUAGGGUAAACCUUGAGAUCAUACAGGCUGAGCGGGAGUACGAUCUUAAUCGUGCUGCUGAAUUGAAGUAUGGCAGUCUAAAUGCUUUGCAACGACAACUCGAGAGUGCAGAGAAGGAGUUACAUGAUUAUAUGAGCUCUGGUAAGUCUAUGCUGAGAGAGGAAGUUACUGGGAAUGAUAUUGGUGAAAUUGUGAGCAAGUGGACUGGUAUUCCAAUUUCUAAACUUCAACAAUCAGAGAGGGAGAAGUUGUUAUAUUUAGAGGACGAACUCCAUAAACGUGUUGUAGGUCAAGAUCCUGCUGUCAAGGCGGUAUCCGAAGCAAUCCAACGUUCAAGAGCAGGUCUUUCAGAUCCCCAUCGGCCGAUUGCAAGCUUUAUGUUUAUGGGCCCCACGGGUGUAGGAAAAACUGAGCUAGCCAAAGCCCUUGCUUCCUACAUGUUCAAUACAGAAGAAGCGCUCGUGCGAAUUGAUAUGAGCGAGUACAUGGAAAAACAUACGGUUUCGAGAUUGAUCGGUGCUCCUCCUGGAUACGUUGGGUACGAAGAGGGAGGGCAACUAACAGAAACAGUUCGUCGAAGACCAUAUGCAGUUAUUUUGUUCGAUGAAAUUGAAAAGGCACACUCAGAUGUUUUCAAUGUUUUCCUUCAAAUUUUGGAUGACGGAAGAGUAACCGAUUCACAGGGCCGCACGGUAAGUUUUACCAACACUGUCAUCAUCAUGACCUCAAAUGUUGGAUCACAGUACAUUCUCAACACAGAUGAUGACACUGCACCAAAAGAUUUAGCCUAUGAAAUCAUAAAGCAGCGGGUAAUGGAUGCUGCGAGAUCGAUUUUUCGCCCCGAGUUCAUGAAUAGAGUUGAUGAGUAUAUUGUUUUCCGGCCUCUUGACCGUGACCAAAUAAGUAGCAUCGUGAGAUUACAGUUGGAGCGCGUGCAGAAGAGAGUUGCAGACCGCAAGAUGAAAAUCCAGGUAACAGAAGCAGCUAUUCAACUUCUUGCAAGUUUAGGGUAUGAUCCGAACUAUGGUGCUAGGCCGGUGAAGCGAGUGAUUCAACAAAAUGUGGAGAAUGAACUUGCAAAGGGUAUUCUUAGAGGAGAAUUUAAGGAAGAGGACACAAUUUUAGUAGACACAGAAGUCACAGUACUUGCCAAUGGUCAACUUCCUCAGCAAAAGCUGGUUUUUAGGAGGGUUGAAGCUGAUUCAGAAUCUAGUGCUAAAAACAGCAGGGAAAGCUUUCCACAAACUCUAUGA